GUAAAGGGACAUCAGGGCUAGCAUGAGUCAUUUAUAGAGCCAGUCAGGGCUAGAAAAGAGAGAGAAAGAAAGAGGAGGGGAAGAGAGAUCAAACAAACACUCUGAGGAGCAGGAUGUCCCAGCAAGACAAAGCCAGGCUGUGAGCAUCAUGUAUGUGAGUUAUCUUUUGGAUAAAGAAACCAGCAUGUAUCCAGGAUCUGCAAGGUGCAGCAGCAACAACCUGCCAGUGCAAAACUUUGUGUCUACUCCACCCUAUUCAGAUUACAUGGGAUAUCAUCAUGUGCCAACUCUGGACACCCAUGGACAGCCUGCGGGAACCUGGGGAUCUCACUAUGGCCCACAGAGGGAGGACUGGAAUGCUUAUGGCCCAGGACCUUCCAGCACGGUUGCUGCUGCACAGAUCAAUGGCUCAUCUCCUGGGCAGGUCUCCUACAGUUCUGCUGAUUACAGCUCCCUCCAUCCUGCUGGAUCUGGGGGGUUACCUCCUGUAGAUACAAUUAAUACACAGCAAAUCUCUCCCAACAGCCAAAGGCACAGCUCUUACGAAUGGAUGAGGAAAACGGUGCAAUCUACUUCUACAGGUAAAACAAGAACAAGAGAGAAGUACCGAGUGGUUUACACAGAUCAUCAGAGAUUAGAAUUAGAGAAGGAAUUUCAUUACAACAGAUACAUUACAAUCAGGAGGAAGUCUGAACUUGCUGCAAACCUAAGACUUUCCGAGAGACAGGUGAAAAUCUGGUUCCAGAAUCGCAGAGCCAAAGAAAGAAAAUUAAUGAAGAAGAAAAUGACUCAUUUUGAUGGCAGCAAUCUUGGCUCUAUGCAGAGUGACUCUGGCUCAGUGAGCCCGAUGCCAGUUCCUGACCAACAGACUCAUUCAGAAAUGCCCAGUUCUUUAUUCCCACCCCCACCUCCUCCACCUCCACUUCCCAUGAAUGGUUUGCAGCACAACGGGAACCUGCAGCAGGUAGUGGCCUCUCAGUAA